CCGAAUCACCAUCUUGAGGGAUAUGAUCUGUACGUUAAGCAUUACUGGGAGUCAAAUCAAUAAUCAUUGACAUCAUUUAUGGUUGUGUGAUCAAUGAUGGCAGAAAAGGAGAGUGUAUCGGAUUUAGAGGAUAGGUUUAACAGAGCUGCCAAUCAUAUACAGAGUUUAGCGGCAAGUUUGGAUUCGGGACAAUUGCUGGCGUUUUACGGACUUUAUAAGCAGGCAACUGUAGGGGCCUGUGAUACACCUAAACCGAGUUGGUACCAGGCACAGGCGAAGCAGAAGUGGGAGGCAUGGAGGAGUCUCGGUGAUAUAGGGAAAGAGGAGGCGAUGGAGAAGUACGUUUCAGCUUUGACGAAAUUGGAUCAGAAUUGGGAGCAGGAGUCCAAGAUUGGGGGGAGAGCAUGGGUCGCUGUUAGCUCUAUGGUGAAUACCGAUGAUGUUCUAAGUGAUGGGGACAAAACUCUGCUCGAUUGGGUGAAGGAGGGCAACGAGGACAGGGUCAGAGAAUUACUGCUGCGUGAUUCGUCGAUUGUCAAUUCUCCAGACAAGGACAACAUGUUGCCGAUCCAUUGGGCAGCCGAUCGAGGCCACAUACCCACUAUCAAGUGUUUGGUUGAAAAAGGGGCUGACAUUAAUGCACAAGAUAAUGAUGGACAAACAGCCCUUCAUUAUGCUGCUUCCUGUGGACAUGCUGAUGUCGUUGAGUAUCUGCUGUCCAUCGGGGCUAAGUCACUUAAGGAUCAUGAUGGACUCACACCUAAACAAGUUGCCGAUGACAGACUUGCAGCUAUACUCUGACCUCAUUCAUUAGUUUAAUCCUGAAUGUCAAUCAACAUUCUGUUAUCUUUAACAUGGAUUAUUGAAUAAUGUUGGAAAUAUAUGAUUGGAAAAUGUG